AUGUCUCUUAGUGCUAAUUUUAAACCUAGUAGUAGUUUUACUGUAAAAGACAUUUUAGACUUACCUGAAGUAAAACAGGCUUCCAGUCCGAUUCAUAGCAUAGGUUCCGUGGCCUCUAAUCUCGUUAGCUCGGCACCAUUCAUUAUGAACACGUCUCUUUCAGAAGCUAACUUUUCCUGUCCCUCCUGUUUCCGCUACAAUAGAAUAUGUGCGUACAGCCCGUGCGUUAGGUGGUUGUCAAGUGCUGAAGUAAUGGCCUCAUACACGUCCUUAGGGAUAGAUUCCGUCAACACCCCAACAGCCUUAGCAAGUCUCAGUAGUCCAGACUCUGUAUUGUCUCAUAAAAAGCUCCCCACCAGGACGCACCAGAUCUCAUCACCUCUAACUACCCACAUCGUGACCAGUAAAGGAUCAACUUCAACGCUGGAUAGAUUCAGCCAAAGUUUUACAACUGUCUGUGACGAUGUAUCAACCAGAUUAACUAUUUCUCCAACAACUAGUGAAGACUGCACAUCUCGAGCAGUUGCUGAGGAAUCAGAAAUUGAGUUCGGAGGAGCUGCUUCAGAUAUAUCCAGGUGCAAUAGUGUCGAUAUACAGUCUGAAAGUGACCAAUGUAUGCGUUCGGAACUUCCAGCGAUUACAGAAUCAUCGACUGAUAACAAUACCGGUGAAAUAGAAACUCUAAAUUCCGAGCCUUCAGGAGAACAACCUUCAAAGAAACGUAAACGUCGGGUCCUGUUCUCCAAAGCACAGACGUACGAGCUGGAAAGAAGAUUUCGACAACAGCGAUACCUAUCGGCACCGGAGAGAGAACACCUUGCAAAUUUCAUUCGUUUAACCCCAACACAGGUAAAGAUUUGGUUUCAAAACCAUCGCUAUAAAACAAAAAGAGCGAGACAAGAAAAGAGCUUAGACAUAAAUCCACUUCGGUCACCGCGCCGAGUAGCCGUACCCGUGCUAGUCCGAGACGGAAAGCCGUACCAGCCGCCAAUGGGUAGCAGUUUAGUAAAGACCCAUGGUUCAGGAAGACAAGUAAUUCAGUCUGGGAUGGGUCUAUGUCUUUCUUCCGCCGAGUUCACGUCUAAGAGCAACAUGGCAGCUUCAGGCACAGAUACUUUCAACCUGAACAAAAUACCGACGUACACUCAUCCUCUGAUUCACCAAGCACGAUGGUUGUGA